GAUGAAUCUGCAUAUAGGGCUAUCGUGUCUCGUGAAUCUCGUGGCGCGCGCGUUCCGUCCGUCGUUUCGCUCUAAGGAAUUAGUGUUUGUCAGUGCCGUUGAAGCAUCAUUUGGUUUAGUUUUUUUUUUCGCUGUCGGUUUGAUCCACUACGCCAGUUUGGUUUGUGCUGUUACAGUCCGUGGCCGAUUCGCGAACUCGAGACUCCACAGUAUCUUCGCAGGUUAGCAGUGGUGGGUAAACAGUCAAACACGGGGAGUGCGUUUGUUUGCUCGCAGAUUACUGAAGUACGGUGCCGUGUUUGGAAUCGCUUUCUGAAGGCAGAUAAUUGGAUUAACGAGCUGACCUUCGCAUAUUUUUUCGGAUAUCGCGAACGUAUUUCGUUGUAGAAGGAAGCAAUUGAAACUUUCGCCUGUGUGGAACUUGUAUUAUUGAACCGAGUGUCACAAUGUUAUAAUCUUUGUAUGAUGAUCAUAAAUCAUGCUUUGUUCGAUUUUCAAACUGCAAUAUGACCAAUGACAGCGAUGGAAGCUCCUCAACAUCAUUGGAAGGCCAAUUAAUGAUAACCCACCUUCGCCAGUAACAUCACGGGCAGUCAACAAAUGGUGUUUGCGUGGUAAAUUAUUUAGUGUCACAUCGCAUCUCGCACAGCGUUGCCGGUGCGUGGUGACACGAACAUCAUUACAUUACCACCAGUUGGAAAUCGUCAGGUUGCUGCGAUCAUUCGUGUAUUGCUGCAUCACACCAAAAAAAAAAACAGUGGAGACGCAUGGUAACCGUCUCGGUUCAAUCGAAUACGCAGCUGGUCGAAGUGUGCGCUGUUCCACGUCGGAUAUCGAAGGCAGAAAACAAUGGACGGCCAGGAACGACAGAAUAAUCAUUAAACUUAUAUUACUUCGUAUCGUGUAGCAAGUCUCGUGCCGGCUGUAGCCAGUGCCAGUGGAAGAGUAAACAUUAAAGGAAGUUAGAAAAAUAUAACCGAUAAUAGGAUGCGAACGGAACCGGCGGGGCGGGGGUUGCUGUAAACAUAAACGUGGCGCGAUGUUCGCGCGUUGGGUCUUUUUUCCGCACCCACAUUGAAUCUUCUGGGGCGAGUUUUCUUUUCGCAUGAUCGUCUCUCGCGCUGAAUGUGUCAGCCUUGCUGGAAGUUGGGUGCGGGUGCGGGUCCACACAGGUCUGCCAAACCCGGCUCGAUUCAGUUUCGAUCGGAACGGAUACGCAGUUGGACAGUUUUUGUUUCCGGCAUAAAAUGAAUUCGGAUGCGUUGUGCGAGUUUGUGUAUUGAAAAUGAAAACAGUUCAACAGGUUGAAGCAAGUGGUUAAUAGGUUAUAAGUGGUGAAGAUCAGAGUUUAUUUUUCCGGAACAAUAUUUGUACUUUCCGGUAAGAAGGGCUAAAACAAAUGAAACAAAGUUAGUGUUUAAUGAGUGAAACAGUUAACAGAAUGAAGGAAUUUUUAUCCUCAAUGAUGACAGAAACGGGUUCUGGUUUUGGUUCGGGAGACUGUGGCAACGACACAUAUUCGUCCAUCGAGGAACAAAUGGAGGAGAAUGGCAAUGAAUCGGUCAGGCUUCGCUGUGUCUUGCAGUGUCAAUCAGAAUCUUCCCUGACGGACGUUGCCUGCCCGACGUUUUUCGAUAAGGUUUCCUGUUGGCCCCGGACUCCUCCAGAGACGUUGGCCGUUUUGCCAUGCUUCUCCGAGCUUCAGGGAGUGCAGUACGACAGCACACAAAAUGCCACCCGCUACUGCAACAUCGAUGGCACGUGGGAAAACACCAACUACGAAGCCUGUCAUCAUAUAGUGGAAACGGCAACGGUUGCGGAAUUCGAACCGGUUAUCGAGCUACCGACGAUGAUCUACUACGUAGGAUAUACCAUUAGUCUAGGAGCACUGGUUUUAGCCGUCAUGGUGCUCAUCUACUUUAAGUGCGGAUCUCCGAUGUCUUCGAAAUACCAUUCAUGUAAAUCUGUUCUUGACCUACAUCAUGUCAUCCGGCCUCUGGAUCCUCAUACUCUCUCUGCAGCACAGAUGACAACCAAACAGGAACUAGUGGGCUGCGUAUUUUUGGUCACCAUCUUCCAUUACUUCAGUACGACCAACUUCUUCUGGAUGCUGGUGGAAGGUCUUUAUCUAUAUAUGCUAGUGGUGCAGACAUUCUCCGGUGAUAAUUUACGAUUUCGGAAGUACGCCUUCAUUGGUUGGGGGGGUCCUUUAAUUUUCGUCAUAGCGUGGGCCAUCACAAAGUGUUUCUAUUUACCGGAUCCGCCCCCGGUAGUUCCAACAAAACUGGAAAUUGAAUGUUCUUGGAUGCGAGAGUCCCACAUCGAUUGGAUCAUCCAAGGACCAACCUGUGCGGUGCUGAUCAUCAAUCUUAUGUUCCUUCUUCGAAUCAUGUGGGUUCUCAUCACGAAGCUCCGCUCGGCCAACACGGUGGAAACGAGGCAAUACCGUAAAGCAUCGAAGGCACUGCUGGUACUUAUCCCACUGCUGGGCAUCACCUAUCUUAUCGUGAUCUACGGACCGGACGAGGGCGUCAGUAGUCAGAUCUUUGCGGUCUCGAGAGCUAUCUUGCUGAGUACACAGGGCUUUGUUGUGUCGCUGCUGUACUGUUUUCUCAACUCGGAAGUGCGGCAAACCUUGCGGCAUCACUUCUACCGCUGGCGAGACGAACGGAAUAUUCUACGACCCCGCAAGGGCUCCAACCAUCAUCGCAGCAAAGAUUAUUUACAUCGCUCGCGAACGGAAAGCAUACGUUUAACCACAACAACUGCUCCUUUGGUUCUGGUGGAGUGCUAAUGAGAACGAAAGCGGCUCCGAGUAGGCUUCUCCGGUCAUCAUCAAUAAAAAAGCGGCAUCUGGUGGAGCACAAUUAAGUAAUGGUUGGAUGCACUCAGACUGUCCUAGCUGUAUUGUAUUGAAAGAUGCUAUAACAUUAGUAACGUAUUAGAAGACAUUUUUGAGACGGACGGAUUCCGGCAGAAUCGAGUGCCUUUCGAAUGUGUUUUUGAUAUAGAAUCAAAUUCUACCUAACUCAGGUUCCCGUGCGUCUCGGUUGAGUCGUUUGAAGUGAAAAAAAAAUCAUUGCAUUAAAUAGCUAAACUGUAAAUAUUUGUAGAAUAGAUGUUUCGUGAGCAGGGUUUUUUUUCUGGUGAAAACAUCAGCUGUAAAUAAAUGCUAGCAAAGUAUCGAAAUCAGUGGUACGCAAUGAUAAUCUCAGUCGUUAUUCUGUACAAUGUACGGUUCAGUUAACAUCAUACAUUUAUACCAAAGUUUCUGUACUUCUAAUGAUUCCAUUAAUAAAUGUUUAGCUCUUA